ACCCUAGCCACUCUCCCCCGCAACUAUACAUUAACCUGCUAAAACCUAACCCUAAUUUUCUUCUCUGUGUGCGAAGUAGAUCUCAGCUCUUCUCGCCGUCCUUGUCUCCAGAGCUCCCAAAGCGCCAUAAUUGUCGUAGAAGAUGGUGAGAGUUAGUGUGUUGAAUGAUGCUCUUAAGAGCAUGUACAAUGCUGAGAAGAGGGGAAAGCGUCAAGUCAUGAUUAGGCCUUCUUCCAAAGUCAUCAUCAAGUUCCUUAUUGUCAUGCAGAAGCAUGGGUACAUUGGAGAAUUUGAGUAUGUUGAUGAUCACAGGUCAGGAAAAAUUGUAGUUGAACUGAAUGGUAGAUUGAACAAGUGUGGUGUCAUUAGUCCUCGUUUUGAUGUUGGAGUUAAGGAGAUUGAAGGAUGGACUGCUAGGUUGUUGCCUUCCAGACAGUUUGGAUACAUUGUACUGACUACAUCUGCCGGUAUCAUGGACCAUGAGGAGGCUAGAAGGAAGAAUGUGGGUGGAAAGGUUCUUGGUUUCUUUUAUUAAGCUCCUUAUGUUGACAAGGAUGAACACCCAGUUUUGGUGUACUUCGGCCUUCAUUACGAUUGAAAUGGUUCUCAGUUUGUUUUGAGUUUUGUUUCCUUUCAAUUGUCAGUAGGGAUAUUAUCUGCAUUUCGUGGACAAGAUUAUCAAUACUGUUAACUUGGAUCCAUUUGAACUUGGAAGCCUUCUUAAAGCGCUUGUCAUUUUAGUCACUGAGUAAAUGGUUUGUAAUCUUUUGUUGUGUCAA